AUGUCUGAUGGAGACAUUCUGGUUGAAACGAAGGGGAGUAAGAAUGUAACUCAAGGUAGAUACAGUAUAGAAGACAAGGGAAAUGGAGUCUUCUAUGUGACCAUCAAGAACCUGAUGAAGACAGACUCUGGGACCUACUGGUGUGGAGUGGAGAGAUAUGGCCCAGACACAUACCAAGAGGUGCAUCUCACAGUUACAGAUGGUCUGAUGGUGUGGACCAGUGUUGGUCUGGUAGCCAAGGUGACAGUGUUAGGACUGGUCCUGCUCCUGUUCUACAGACAGAGGAGAGGAACCAGGAGAACACCACCACCAGUCUCCUCCAACACACAACCUGACCCUACUGGAGAGGUUGACUGUAUGUAUGAGGAGAUCAGAGAGGCAGACAGACAGACACACACACUACCUGUGGUCAUCUCUUCAGUCUACUCUACUGUCAACUCACCUACCAACUCUACAACCUACCCUGCUGACCAAGCCUCUACAACCAACCCUGCUGGCCAAACCUCUACAACCUACCCUGCUAGCCAAGACUCUACAACCUACCCUGCUG